CUAUGACACGACUGUAUAAAGAUGUAGUUGUCAAUGUUUGGGAGACACUCAAAUUAGCUGUUCCAGCCUUUUUGUAUGUUGUUCAGAACAACUUACUUUUCAUUGCUCUCACCAUUCUUGAUGCUGCCACUUACCAGGUUACCUACCAGUUGAAGAUCUUGACAACUGCCAUUUUCUCCUGGGUGAUGCUUGGCAAGCGUCUUGCACCCAUCCACUGGCUCUCUCUCUGUCUGCUUAUGCUGGGGGUUUCACUUGUUCAGGUAGAGGGAAGUACUGGUGAAGAGAGCACCAGAAAAAUUCUCCCAGUUCCUGAAGUGGAAGUGUUGGAAGGAGCAGAUACAGUAUUUCUUGGAGGACACAAAGAUGGUGCUGAUUUAAUUCCACGUGACAUGCACAAUAAAGCUCAUCCCAACACAGAGGUGUCCCGACUUCUAGGAAUUUUUGCAGUUCUUGUGUCAUGUAUCUCUAGUGGAUUUUCUGGUGUAUACUUUGAACGGCUUGUCAAGAGAAGUUCACAGACUUCACUGAUUAUCAGAAAUAUACAGCUUGGGAUGUUUUCCAUUGCAUUUGCUAUAGCAGCAGUGAGCAGUGAUAGUUCUUCUAUUGAGGAAGGGGGAUUCUUCCAGGGCUACUCACUUGUCACUUGGAUGGUAGUACUUAUACAGGCAUUUGGUGGGCUCGUAGUGUCAGUGGCAAUGAAGUAUGCAGACAACAUCCUGAAGGGAUUUGCUACAUCAUUAUCUAUUGUAAUGUCUACUCUAGUCUCAUGGCUGGCCUUAGGAGAUACUGCCCCCUCCACACAGUUUAUUAUUGGAGUCAUUGUUAUAUUAUCAACGGUACUGUAUGCCUUAACUCCUCAAAAAGAGGGCAUGUGUGCAGCAACUACUCGAAUCUCAUCAUCCAUCAACAAUUCUCAUAAGGUGUCAUCAACGAAAAAGAGCAUGAGUGAAAUAAUAUGACUAAGAGAGAGAGGUGACCACUUAAAAGUGCAUGCUACACUAUAAACACUAAUACCAAAUUUAGUUGUGAGGUCAUUUCCAGAUUACCUGUCAUGAUGACUGGAGCCUUCAGUGAACAAGGAAUCAGAUACUGAAUUUGAACCAAUAAGUAUUUCUUGGAACUAUAUACUCUGCAGUCUGGUGUCUUACAAGUAACAUGCAAUAUAUGCUUCUUAUUGGUUUCUACACCAUGGAAUUUACAGGAAAAGGCCUGUUAUUCUACCUCGCCUUAUAUGAAAGCUCAGCCCUAUGUAAAGUAUGCUAUCACUCACCACUGUGCAACCCACAACAAUCAGCUAACACCUAUGAUACUCACUUAGUGCUAUGUAAAUAGGGACAACAGUCGUAAGAAGACUUGACCGUAUUUCUCCCUGAACUCUAAAAUUGAAUCAAGGUCCUUCGGUUGUGAGCCAUUAAAUCAUAAAUCACCUGUCUUUACUUGGUUACAUUUCACUUUAGUAAUUUUAAAUGCUUAACUUAUCUGCAGUGGAUACUUUCAUUAAUGAAAACAUUUUUGCCCACACACUGGACUUUUAUCAAAUCAGUAGAAAAUACACAAGAAAAAGGAAUACAUGUACAGGUACAGAAAUAGGAAAAUGAGGUGUAUGGGAGUGUAGGGGUGCACUGCAGGGUUUACACUGGACUGUUUCAUUGGCUCUCAAAAACUUGCCAGCAUAGUGUAAAGUAAGUGUUUAGCUCACAAAAAACUACCCUGGUACUGUCUAAUAGUGUUAUUAUUAUUAUAAUCAUGGGGGAGCACUAAACCCAUAGGGAUUAUACAGUGCCUAUGGGAAGAGGGGGAAAUAGAAGGUAUUCUGACUCAAUUCUGGGAACUGGAGCACAGAUCCAAUUCCCUACAUCAAGAGCCCCUCACCAGCAUCAAGGAACCUUCCCUGAGGGGUCUAAUAGUGUUAAAAGUGCUGAUAAUGGCAGAUUAUAAAUAUCUAUCUUUGUCUCAUUCUUUGAUGAUUAGUUAAGUACCUGUCCAUUUCAGGACAUGACUGUCAUGUUUCGAUGUAUAAGACAUGCACUGUUUGUGCUAUGCAUUCUACAUGCAUACUGGUUUUCUUUGACCCAUGUGACAGUGUCCCAUGAAGUACGCCUAUGUAAUGUUUCCAGUGGUACAGCCACAGGGAAUAGGGAUUAUUUAUUUAACCCUUUGAGUACCAAUCGCUUAGAUCUAUGUUACUGAUGCCAAGGUCCCUCACAUGGAUCUACAUUUUGAACAAAGCUCCCUCAGGUAAGCUAUGCGUGUUAAAUUUUGGCCUAGAUAUGAGAGAAUGGGUCUGUGCAGUGUAAAAAAAACAUACUGCCCAGGAGCUCGGACUCGACCCCCGCAACCUCAACUAGGUGAGUACAUUGUAUGAUAUGAAAAGCAAAACUCUGACCUUGUCCUUGGUUUAAAAUAGUGAUUUUGAGGCUUUUUCUUGGAUGGUUUUUAUGGUUUUAUUGUGUGUUUCAUGGUAUCAUUCAAUAGAAUGGAAGACAUACUACUAAAAUAGAGAUAAUUUUGGCUGAUUUCAGGACCAGAUGCUUGAAACUGGAAUCAAAGUAGUGGAAAUACAGGUUGGCCAUCACUAAUCCAGAAAUCGGUAAUCUGGUUCCAUCAGUAAUCCGGCAGUAAUUUUGGCUAGCAUAAUUUCAAAUUUCAAUCUGCCAGUAUUGUUUGGUAGUGCUACUUGUUGCAUAAGUAUUCCAAUUUCUCUUUCUCCAUUUAUUGUUAUAACCUGUUCAAUUUUAGCCCUAGCCAUUGUUCCAAUGAAUAAAAGAAAUGCUUCUCGCUGUGUAAAGCAUAUACACUAUACAUUGUCCAUAAAAGAUAAGGUGACUUUGAAGCCACUGUUGGUUGCUAUGAGCUCAGCUCACAAAGAUAAGCUAUGACCGGUAAAUUUGGGCCUACAUAUGAGAGAAUAGGUUUAUGUGGUAAGUGUGCACUAUAUAAAAAAAAUCCUGCAGCAUGCAGUGCAUAAGAAAUAAAAAGACGACUGCUUUUGGUGUAAAACAACAACUUUGCAGUGUAUUUUCAUAUGGGUUCUAUGGUUGUAGUCUCAUUUUUUUGGUCUCAUUUGAUAGGAUGGAAGAUAUAUUACAGAAAUACUGUAGAUAUAAUUUUUGAUUUGUUUCGUGCUGGAAAAUAUCUUAAAAUUGAGCUCAAAGUAGCAGAAAUGUUCGAUUUUUGCUGAUGUUCAAGAGUAAACAAAUGACAUCACCAUCCAAUAAGUAUCCAACUGGCUGGUGUAAUACGCAGUCAUGAAUGCGUUGACAUUAUUUAUACAACUAUUAAAAUAAUGCAGUAGUCUGCAUAACAGUAAAUCUUCUAUUUUUCGUGUGAAUAAAAAUUCAAAAUGGAAAGCAAGCAUAAUAUAGAGAGACCUGGAGACAUGACUAAUGAACAGAGAAAAUGUUAUUUUAGUGCCAGGAAUGUCUGCAUUGUUUAUUCUGGACCCUAUUUUGAAAUUGGCAAAUGGGCACUUUCUUGUACUCAACAGAAUAGAAGGAAUACUAGCAUAAUAGUUAUUAGGUAGACUGGAACAAUGGAAUGGGCUAAAAAUUGGGCUAAGUGUAUUCUAACCUAACCAUUCUGUAAUCCGGCAAAUUCACUAAUUCGGCACCAUACAGAUCCUGAUCAUGCCAGAUUAGUGAUGGUCAACCUGUACUAGAUUUUUGCCAUUUUUCCAUGACAACAGGUAAGGCCCCACCUACACCCCUCUGUUUGAUUUAUGGAUUUUCAGUAUGAUUCAAUUAUUGGGAUGCUGUAAACUAUGACCAAUCAAUCCUGGUUACUUUUAUUAUCCAAGAAAUUGGAUAAAUCUUUGAAUUUUUUGUGUGAUUAAGAAUUCAAAAUGAGAGGAAAGUGUAAUAUAGGAGAGGUCUGGGAAUGUAAUUAAUGAACAGAGGAAGUGUUGUUUUAGUGCCUGUAAUGUCUACACAUAAUCACUGUUUUUGCAGAGGUGCUCAGAACACAACAGCUUAGAAGCAUAUACGUAUAAAGAUACACAACAUAUCCCUCCAAACCGUCAACAUCCCGAACCCCUCCUUUAGAGUGAAAGGCAUUGUACUUCCCAUUUCCAGGACUCGAGUCCGGCUAUAUAAAAAUAACCGGUUUCCCUGAAUCCCUUCACUACAUAUUACCCUGCUCACACUCCAACAGAUCGUCAGGUCCCAAAUACCAUUCGUCUCCAUUCACUCCUAUCGAACACGCUCACACAUGCCUGCUGGAAGUCCAAGCCCCUCUCCAACAAAACAUCCCUUACCCCUUCUUUCCAACCUUUUUGAGGACGACCCCUACCCCGCCUUCCUUCCCCUACAGAUUUAAAUGCUCUCCAUGUCAUUCUACUUUGAUCCAUUCUCUCUAAAUGACCAAAAAACCUCAACAACCCCUCUUCAGCCCUCUGACUAAUACUUUUGUAGAUGAAUGGUUAGGAGAACCGACAUGUUGAUAAAUUAGACACAUGUGCAACUCUUGGGUAUCUUUAUUGAGGAAACGUUUCGCCACACAGUGGCUUCAUCAGUC